GCGGAGUGGGCGGAGUCAGACGCAGAGGCACUUCCGCACACUGUAAUCUAAUCCGUUUGACAUCUAAAAAUGGGCCUUCAGAGCGCCGCGUCCAUCCCGCAUCUCCCAGUUCCUGCCCGGAGACGCGGAUAAAGCCCAGGAGCUUUAAACCCGUGGAUCAUCAGCUUUUAUUCUGGAUCUGCGGUGUGAGCAGUUUUGCAGGGUUUUUGUUGUUUGUUUGUUUGUUUGUUUGGGGUUUUUUUGUGCAUCCGCAGGCUGUUUGUGUAUAAUAAUUCACCUGGCAGCUGGAUUAUCCGCAAAAACAUCCCACAUCGCCAUCCGGAUUGCUGCUUUGUCACCUCGCAUGCUGUGUGGCUGUGUUUUGCUGUGGGCUCGGUGUGAUCCUGCUGCUCUGGACAGGCAGAGCUCUCUUAGCUGAACUUAGUUGUCCAGGCUAGCCGUGUGCUGUGGGCUAGCUAGCAGAUUGUGCACGCGCUGACUUCAUUUCCAGCACAGUGCCCUUUUCCGGCUCCAUUCCAAAGAGAUCGGAGGCAAAGCGUCGAUAUUUUCACCCCUACCCCAUAAUCACGAAGCUAACAACAAACAAACAAAGGAUUUGGGUUCAGUUUCACGUGCAGAAGAAAGAAACAGCAAGAAAACUGACAUGAUGUUUCCACAAGCCAGGCACUCGGCCGCGUCUCAAUCAGCACAACCGCUAAAGUUCACCACCUCCGACUCCUGCGACCGCAUUAAAGACGAGUUCCAGUUUCUCCAAGCACAAUAUCACAGUCUAAAGCUGGAGUGUGAUAAACUGGCCACGGAGAAAUCAGAGAUGCAGCGUCACUACAUCAUGUACUACGAGAUGUCGUACGGACUCAACAUUGAGAUGCACAAACAGGCUGAGAUUGUAAAGAGGCUGAAUGCCAUCUGCGCUCAGGUGCUGCCCUACCUGUCCCAAGAGCAUCAACAGCAGGUCCUGGGAGCCAUUGAGAGAGCCAAGCAGGUCACUCCACCAGAGAUGAACUCAAUCAUUCGGCAGCAGCUCCAGGCCCACCAGCUCUCUCAGCUGCAGGGUUUGGCUUUGCCUAUGACCCCUCUGCCCCUGGGCUUGACCCCCCCGACCCUGCCUUCCUCCUCCUCAUCCUCCAAUGCUCCAGGUCUCUUCUCUCUCUCCAGCAUCUUGGCGUCACACGCUCACCUCGCCAAGGAAGAGAAGAAUGCCCGUGAUGCUGCUAGCAGCGCCGACACGCACCGCGACGACGAUGGAGACAAAUCCGACUAAGUCCACUUUAAUGCUUCUCUCACUGAGGCGAAGAGCACAGAGAGACAAUGAAAAGAGCACAGCAUUGUUUUUUCAUCUUCAUUUACCUCUCGCAUCCUUCUUCUAAAGCCUCUUGCUUUUCUGAAUGCAUGCCUUAGUUUAAAUAAGUCCUUCGUAGUUGCGUUAAUAUCUGACUUUUUUUUUUUAAUUUGCAUUUAAUUUCCUGGCCUGCUAUUUGCCGUCCCUGCUUCCUCCUUUGUGUUUGGGUUUGUCGAGCUCUUAUUAUUCCACUGUGGGAUCCACGGCUUCCUGCAGUCUGCUAGACUUUCUGCUAUCAUCCUGUAUUUCCAGAGCUCCUUCUCAUAUGAGCUAGUCGUCAGACUAAACAGAGCAGCUUCUGGAUUAAGCCGAGGAGAUGAUCCUCUUUCCAGAUGCUCAGACAAUCCAUCAUUUCUUUAUUCCCUCUUUGCAGACAUGGCAGAAUUGGAUAUAGUUUGAAAGAUCUUAUGAAAGCACAAUUAGCCAAAUCAGCAGUGUCAUUGUGUAAUAACUGUACAACCCAAUUAUAUCUGCUUAAAACUUUGCAUUUCAAUGAACAUUAAAGAUACAGUUUGUGAUUAAAAGUGGUUCUAGAUCUAUAAUAAUCAUAGUUUUAAAGAUACCAGAUUUUUUCAAUAUUUUCUUUAUUUCAGCUUCCUGUUUGUUUUUCCACCCUGAUUUUAUUAUUCUCUCUUCCUUAAAAGUAAUACAUAAAGUACAAUGCAUAAAUAUUCACUCCCCUUGAACUUUUCAAUAUUUUGUAGCGUGACAACCUGGACAACAUGGUGGUGGUAGCGUCAUGUUGGAUAAAAAGCCAAUUAGUCAGAAAAGCAAUCAAGAGGCUGUGGGUAACUCUCAGCAUGACCUGAGCUACCACCACCAUGCUUCACUGUGUGGAGAUUCUUGACAUAAAUUCCCAGUUAAGUCCAUCUCAGUUCCAGGUUGUCACCCCUAGUUGACAACCACAUGUCGUCACUUGAGUCCACCAUUUUGAAAACACUUCAGCAGCACGGCAGAGCAACCUUCAGUUGUUCAAGUCUGAUAUUCUUAUUGAGUAUGAUGACGUCUGAUAUUCUUAUUGAGUAUGAUGGAAAACCCAGAAAGUUCAGUUUGGUCAGCAGUGUCAGUUUGUGUCUCUUAGACAUAGUUUUUCCAACACAGGAAAGUCUUUAGGGCGGGAUUUUCUGCUUUGCAUUUUCUCUGUAAUAUGACAAGCUGCAUUUUUUUCUCUUAUUAAAGUCAAGAGAUAGGAAAAGACUGGCUGGUGCAGGAACAACUGUUUAUAGCUGCUAUAAUGUAAGUGGUAACAGGAACUAAUUUGUUUCGUGGACAUUCCACAACAUUAAACGUAACUAUAAAUGAAUAAACAGUACAAUGUGUCAUUCUUCAAUUAAUAACAAAUGUAAUAGUUGCCAAAUUGAUGUGGUCUAAGAGGAGUAAAACACUUCGGACAUCACCACCACCCCUUCAUUGAUUAGUUUCCUAUUACAGCAUGCCCCAUUGUGUUUUAUUCUUUACACAUAUCAACGCUCACUUUUUAUUCUUUUCCCCCACAGUGCUUCUCAUUUAUAGCCUGUUUUGAAAGCAGACACGAAAGCCCAACUCUGCUUCUGCAUUUUCAUUUCAGUCUCCUCACGCUUUGCUGCAGGCAAGCGGUUUUCAGAGCAACUAAUGGAGUGUGUGAGCUAGAACAUGUUUUCCUCUUCUGCUACCAAAGGAGGUGUAUUGUUCUGCCUCUCUUCCCUCCUCCCUGCUCCUCUCUUCUCCAUUCACCCUCUCCCCAAGCUGUGUGCACGUGGGAUCUGUGAUGUGAAUGGUGAAUUCGUGCCAUAUACAAAGAGGAAAUAGAAUUUUGUUCACAUCAGAAUGAUCAGAAUCAUGCAGAAAAAAAUGUGCAGCUUUGCUUAGACAUAUCCGGAAUGCACUUUCUGUGUGAGAGCUUGUUCGAAACCUGCACUCCCGUGAUCGGCUGUUAGAUGUGUUGUCCGGUGAGCACUUAGUUUGAAAUCUGUUUCCUGAAUGAAUGGAUUUUUACCCAUCUAAGACGCUCUAUAUAAUGGUCUUUAUAGAUCCUGUUUAGUGACAGCUCAAGGUCCAAGCAUUCAGCUGUAAUCUGCAAUCUCAGAGCUGCUUUGCACAAAAGUACAGCAAAAUCUUUUACAACUGACACAGAUGUCAGGCUUAAGAAUGCAAAUAUGGCUCAUUUCUUUAAGUACAAAAGAACAGGUGAUGGCUUAGUGCGUCAUAUUAAAGAGGAAGUGCAGUGAAAAUGAUUAAGAUGGAAAGUACAGGGUCGAAUGUAAAGGUCUUUAUUUAUUUUCUGGAGAUAUUAGCCAUUUUAACACGAUCAUAAAUUGUAGUAUUGGGUGCAGUCCAAAAAUCUAUUUAGCAGCGGUUAUGACCCUAUUUGUAAUUUUGUCACUUGAAUAGGAGAAAAUUGCUGAAUGGGAAGGAAAAAAAAAAGUAUUUUUGGAAGAGCAAGUCCAUACUAAAUAAUGAAGUUUACUGUAUUUUCGAAAAUACAGCAUGCUUCAUUUUAUGUUAAUGUCCUCAAUUUUUUUCUGUCAUGUCACCACAGGGUGGCAGAAUUUUCAUGAGAACAUGUUGUGCCUGCUGUGAAAAUGUAUUGGUCUCGUCUGGCUUGUAGGAUUUUACUACCUAUAGUACAUUUUUAAAAUUCUUAUAAUCCAGGGGUCAUCAACUCCUAGGCUGGAGACAGAACAGUUUGAUGAUUUUCAUGUUUCCGCCACUUAACAGUGAUGUUUUAUAGAUGUGUUAGAGCUGGGAAAUGAUCAAACUGCAAAACUCCAGGCCCUACGGACUGGAAAGAGAAGAAAGGAACAGAAUUCAUUAGAAACAUGCUGUGUGUGGUAGGAUGUUUGGGAAUGAAAGUAAGUGUGUGUGUGUGUGUGUGUGUGUGUGUGUGUGUGUGUGUGUGAUAGGAUAGAACGGUAUUGUUUGUACUAUAUGUAUUUUAGUACAUGCUGUCAAUCCCUGUCAAUCAACACUUGUGCAUAAAAGGCCACUGAUGUCCUUGUGUCCUGGUUUAAACAUUUGUAUCAUUUUGAUAAGUUCAGAAAAUUUACAUUUUGUCAUCUUGUAGUCAUUCAGCUUGGGAAAUAAAUAGCUACAGACGUAAAAAUGAAAAUUUACUAACACAUACUACAUACAGAGCAUGGUUUUAUAUUUUUUAGAGAAAGGUUUCAUUGUGCAUACAUUUCUGCUCAUUUAUAUACCAGUAUACAGGAGUGAACGCUGAUCAUCUUUACGUUUUUUUUUUUUUUUGUCCUUUUUAAAUGUUUGUGUUUUAAAUAGUUCUGUUGAUUGCACUUGAUCUCAAUCGUGUCACCAUGAGGGGGAAAAAAAAAAAGAAACAGGCAAGCAGGAGAAAUACACAAAACCUUACUGGAAAGAUUCAUACCAAUCAAAUAGUGUGAGUGUGUGCUUGUAUGUGUGUUUAUGUUGUGAAGGGACAAUUUCUAAUAUAUGUAUAAAUAUAUCAAUAUACAUAUAAUUUUGUAAACAUUUUGUAUGUAUAAAGCUACAUUUAUUGUGUGUGUGUGUGUGUGUGUGUGUGUGUGUGUGUGUGUGUGUGUGUGUGUGUGUGUGUGUGUGAAGGACAUGUUGUAGUGUAUGCAGUUUUGAUGACUGACUGACUGACUGAGAGCGUGUCCAGUAUAUUGAUUGAGACGUACAUUGAAAUACGUAGCUGUAUUUCUGAAAAAAAUCGGCUGUAGUUGUUACAAUAGGUAGCAAUCAGCCCAUCUUUUAGGGACCUGAAGUAUUUUUUCUUUACACUCAAUUGUUUAAAAUAAAAAUCAAUUGUUUAAUGAGUGACAUAAAGCUAACAUAGCUAUGUAGUCAGCCAAGGUCCAGAUGAUGGUUGAUUUUAAGUUGUAAAUACAUUAUCCAUUUUCUCAUCACCUGUAAAGUUAACGUUUGUUUUUAAUCAGAUAUUAGAAUUUCAAUCGUUCUGCUUUCUUUCUUUUUUCUUUAUUAGAAAGUUUACUUCUCAUUUUGUGAUGUGUGUUAAACUCUUGAGUGUGUUCUUGCUGGAAAGUGUGUCAGCUGUGUUAUGAAGAUUAAUGUUACAGGUUUUUUGUUCAAGGAGAAAAAAAAUUGUGAGGGGAAACUAAAAGUUAAAUUUGUUUAAUUAUUCGAGACUGGGAUUCUGCAGUAAGGAAAUAUUUAUGGUGCCUUACAAAUAAAAGCUUCAGUGUACCUCUAA